AUGAACCCCCUCAACUGUAGCUUCUGGUUUCCUGUGAGUAGUUCAUUCAUCAUUGAACGAGUCAAUAGCAGAUGUGUUCCAUUACUGAAUAUUGUUCCAUCCACUCUGUUGAUGCUAAUGGAGUCUGGUAGCCCAGUUUCGAAGAAAUCACGGUUGUUCCACUCAGAGGAUUGUGAAAUGGAGGAAGUGCCUUCCAAUGCAGCGGGCGUGAAUCCGAGUUUGCAUUGGACCCAGUGGCAGAUUCUGGACUCCAUUCUCCCAACCGGUGGUUUCGCACAUUCCUAUGGCCUUGAAGCUGCUAUGCAAUCUCGCAUGGUGAACAACCAGGAAGACUUGAAGUCAUUUGUCAUCCAGGUUCUGGACAACACUGGCAGCCUGUUGCUUCCGUUCGUGUACUGUGCUAGCAAGUCCCCUGAUGCAGCGGCAUGGGUCAAGCUGGAUCAGUUGCUGGAAGCUACAUUGACGAACGAGGUUGCGAGGAAGGCAUCCACAUCUCAAGGCUCAGCUCUGCUGAGGGUGGCUGCGUCUGUCUUCACUGAGAUUCAAGCGCUGCAGGAUCUCCGGCGGACAUUCCUUGGUUCUAAGAGCGUGUCAUUUCACCACGCGCCUAUAUUUGGGUUGAUAUGUGGGCUAGUUGGAUUCGACAGUGAAACAGCGGAGCGGGCUUACAUGUUUGUGACAAUGAGGGAUGUGUUCUCUGCCGCGACUAGACUCAAUUUGAUCGGACCGCUGGCUGCUUCAGUGCUGCAGCACCAGGUUGCACCAGAUGCCGAGAGGAUGAUGCAGAAAUGGAGGGACCGUGAUGUCUCUGCAGCAUCACAGACUGCCCCACUGCUCGAUGCAUUGCAGGGUUGCCAUGCUUACAUGUUCUCCAAGCUGUUUUGCUCAUGA